AUGAAGGCGCAGACCGGGCCGGACUACCCGGAGAUGGCUCGGGAGGCCGUGACCGCUGCACUCCGCGAUGCUGGCCUGCCCUACACCGCCGUCGAGGCUGUGGUGGCCGGCUACUGCUACGGCGAGCCCACUUGCGGGCAGAGGGCGGUCUACGAGAUGGGCCUGACGGGUGUGCCUGUGGUCAACGUCAACAACAACUGCUCCACGGGCUCCACUGCCCUCUUCGUCGCGCGGAACUUCGUGGCGGGCGGCCUGUACUCGUGCGCGCUCGCCCUGGGCUUCGAGAAGAUGGAACGCAAUCUCUCGCAAAAGUAUACGGACUCGGGCUACACGAGUCCCGUGGCGCGCCACUUUGACUACAUGUUCGCGUGCGGUUCCAACCGCCAGCAGGUGGGUCGGCUCAAUGAAAUGACCGGCAACGUCAUCAAGAUGUUCGGCGACGCGGCACUCGAGCACCAGCGCAAGUACGGGUCCAACGAUGCGCACCUCACCACCCUGGCCUACAAGAACCACAAGCACUCCGUCAACAACCCCUACGCCCAACUCCAGAAGGAGAUCCCCUUCGCGUUCGUUAAGGCGCACGGGCUCGAGAGCCAGGCCGUGGAAAUUGUGGCUCAAGCUCUCGUCACCGACGUGCCCUCGUCAUUCGACCUCGAGAACAAGAGCUUUGCCAACCUGUGUGGAUUCGACCUCACGUCGAGGGGCGCUCAGCAAGUCUUUCGAGACUCGGGUCUGAAGCCGAGCGAUGUCGAUGUGCUCGAGGUCCAUGAUUGCUUCUCCGUCAACGAGCUGCUGGUCAUGGAAGCCGUGGGCCUGUGCGGAAAGGGCGAGGGCGGCAAGCUCGUCGACUCUGGACGGUGGAUUCGCAACGCGGCCGGCGGCGAACUAUUCCAGGUGGGCGGCAGAUGGGUGGUCAACCCGAGCGGCGGUCUUGAGUCCAAGGGCCACCCCAUCGGCGCCACGGGCUUGGCCCAGUGCGCCGAGCUCUGCUGGCAGCUACGGGGCAAAGCCGACAAGCGGCAGGUGGAGGGAGCCAAGGUGGCCCUCCAGCACAACUUUGGCCUGGGAAGCGCCGCCGUCGUCACCCUCUACCGCGUCUACUCGGCGCAGCCGUCAGAAGCGGCCGCCAAGGCCCGUCUGUGA